GUCCCGAGGCAGAAAGUCGUCCUUUUUCAAGAGGUGGUGUGGUGUGGUGGCCAUUCCACGUUUAUUUAUUCGCGCUGCGACGGGCGUGUUGGAGUAGUAGUUGCAUGUAGGGUGGUUUAACUUUCAAUACUUUUCAUUAGAACAACCAACUCGACUCGGCUCUUACUUUUUGCACUUCAGUUCCAAUAUUAGUAUUUAACUCGGCGGCCGUAGAUAGUUCGGCGCUGACACGUUUCUAAUCCACUAAUUGGUCGUGGUAGUGGUUGAUUAACUGAUUGUGACAGUUACGUCAGUUGCCGACUCAUUGUUUCCGUUUUUACAUCGCAACGUUGCUCGCCUUUGUUUAAGCUGGUGAUUCAUUCUUUAGCCGCCUAGAAAACCGCCUCUAUCCGCAGUGAUUAGUAAUAUGUUUAUGCGCCUCAGAAACCGACAGUUAUUGCCGUCAUGAAUCAUCAUCACGUGCAGCGGCGGCCGGCAAGCCAGCAUGACACCCGCAGCUCAUGGAACGAGCACCUGCAGCAGCAGCAGCAGCAGCAGCACCACCACCACCAACACCUGCAGCAGCACCACCACCACCUGCAACAGCAGCAGCCGCAGCAGGAGCAUAGCCAUUACCAGCAGCCGCUUUUGUCGCCGCAACACCCGCAAUACCCGCCGUUAGUGUCGCCGCAGUACCCGCCGACUUUGUCGCCGCAAUUCCCGUCGCCACAGCAGCAUGCGCAAGCGCAAGAGCUUCCCUGGGACCAUAGCGACAACGUUCCCGUCGCUCCCGUUAUCGCACUCCCUGGUAACCACCUGAGCGUCUCAGGUAACCAUGGUGGUAACCACCGCCGGUCGCGGUCCAUGGGAAUGGGGGCUAUGGGGAUGGGAGCGACGGGCGUUGCGCCUGACUUUCUCGCGCAGAUUGGAGCGGCGGGGCAAGUCCCGCUAGGCCCCGCGGGGGCAGGGAGAGGCGCGCAUCCUGCGCCUGCGGGGAGGGGGGAAGGGGUGGCGCAGGGGAGAAGUUCCGCCGAGAUCGCGCGAGUAGGGGGGGAUAUGCACGGGCGGGGAAGAGGGAGAGGCAUGGGCGGAGGAGUUAGCGGCCGAGGGGAAGGCGAGAGGGGGAGAGGCGGAGGAGGGGGGGAAGCAGGGGAGAUAAGCGGACAGGCAACGAAAGGGAGCGGGGGGAACGUAGACAGUAUUGACCCUCGUUUUAAGCCCAAGUUUAUAAAAUCCGGGGGGCGGGUGUGGGAAAUGUUUUCGGGACCGUCUGUUAAUAUUCUAAGGAGAGAGGACGACGCGGAUCUGCCGCCAGAGGAGUUAGCCGCCAUGGUUUCCACGCCUGUUGCGAAGCCCUUGCGCCAUAGGCGCACCAAGUCCGCCUUCCCCGCGGAUUCCGCGCAGUUCCUGCAGGAAAUGGACUUCCGCGGAGGGGAAGGGGGGAACGGAUUUGGGGAAGGAGGCGACGGCGGAGGGGGAGCGGGAACAGGGUUCGGAGGCGGGGAUGGCGGAACGGGAGCGUGGGGCGGCGGAGGGGGAGUUGGGGGCGGAGAAGCAGGCGGAAGAGGGGUUGGGGGGGUUGUUGUUGGGAGGGGGAGCGGGGCAGCGGGCGCGCAGAGACUGUUAGCGUCAGCAGGGGGAAGGCGCGCAUCCCUUGACGGCGGGGGGAGGAUUCCCCCUUCUAUUCCCUCCUCCUUCUCGGAUCCUUCCAAUCCGAUUCCGCCACGUCCGCUAAGGCACCACUCUAUGGACCUCUCUAGUAGUGGUUACAGUAACAAUAGCUAUGGUGGUGGGAGUGGGGGGGAAGGGUCUGGCGGUGCACGGGGGCAGGGCAGUGGCAGGGAGAGGGGCGCUCAAUCCCCUCUAGGGCAAAUCCGCGAGCAUGGGGACGAUAACGAAGAGGAUAGUAACGAGAACUUGCAGGAGAAACUUCAGGGGAAUAGUCAGGGGAAGUAUGGGAGUGGGAAUUAUGCCUCAGGUCAAGCGAAUGCCCUCCUCUCCCCCAUGCGCUUGGGCGGAAGGGAAGAAGAGGAGGAUGAGGACGUUCCCGUUGCUCCUGUGUCUCCUGUUCCUGUACAGUGGGGUGCUUUUAACGCAGGGUUUAAGGUCCCGGGCGAAGGGGGGGAAGGAGAGGAAGUAGCAGGCGUGGGGCAGCAGCAGCAGCAGCAGCAGCAGCAGCAGCAGCAGCAGCAGCAGCAGCAGUUGAGUGAGCAUCAGUUGAUGCUGAAGCGGCGGCACCAGCAAAACCAGCAGGCGUUGCAGAAGGAGCAGGAGAAGAAAGCGAGCGUUCAGGGGCAGCAGAUGUUGCAGCAGCAGCCGCCGCACCAGGAGCAGCAGCAACAACAGCAGCAACAAUACCAGCAGCAGCAGCAGCAGCAGAAGGGGCGAGUGGGGCACAGGAGGAGUCACUCCAUGGGGAUGGCUGGUGUGGCAAACUCUCUCCCUCACUUUCCUGACGUCUCUGAGCCAAGCCAGCCCAUGCGGUUCUCACGGGCCAUGGUGCUUGGCCUGCAGCAACAGCAGCCGCAGCAGCAGCAGCUAUCUCAGCAUGCUUAUCAGCACAGCCAGCAACAGCAGUACAACCAGCACCAGGAGCUGCAGAACAACCAGCGGUACCAGCAGCAGCAGCAGCAGCAGCAGCAGCAGCAGGGGUGGCAGCAGCAGCAGGAGGGGCAGUUGGGGUGGCAGCAGGCAGCGUGGCAGGAGCAGCAGUUCGACGGACAGGAGGAUAACGACCAGCAGGGGCUUUUCCGAUCCUCCACCGCCCCGGCCAAGCCUGCAGGCCCGGCGAACGCUGCUGCUGCUGCUGGUGGCAGUGGUAAGGGAUUGGACGGGCAGCCCAUUAUCAGCAGCAAGAGUUACACCAGCCCAUCCAAUCUUCACCCUCAUUAUAGUCACGCAGGAGGGAGGGGAGAAGGGGGAGGAGGAGGAGGAGGGAGAGGAGGGAGAGGAGAGGGAGGAGGGGGAGGAGUAGCAGGGGGAGUUGGAGCAGGGGGAGGAGGGGGAAGAGGGGGGGGAUCGCAAGGCAUGUCGCGACAUAAGAGGACCAUGUCUGCUAGUGCUGCUGCUGGGGUUGGUGGUGGCUUUGGCGGUGCUGCUGCUUGGGGUGGUGCUGGUGGUGGCAUGUUUGCUGGUGGUGGGUUUCCUGCUGCUGUUGGUUCUGGUGGUGCUGGUUACCCUGCUGCUGGUAACACUGGUGCUCGUUUGCCGCCCCACCACUCCCCCCCUCGUCCAGGGGGGGGUGUUCCACUACCGCAGCAGCGCUCCCCACCCCACAUGCACCACCAUUCUCGCUCACACUCACACUCCGUCUCCCCUCCCAAACCCCACUCUCACUCACACUCUCACUCCGUUUCUUCCCCCAAGCCCCAUUCCCCCUCACCCUCUCACUCACCCUCUCACUCACCCUCUCACUCACCCUCUCAUUCACGCCCACCCUCUCACUCACACUCACACUCCCCUCCAAAGCCUCACUCUCACUCCCCCCGGUCCCCCCAACCCUUCCUCUCCCCACAUUCCCCCAUGCCCCCAAGCCCAGCUGGGGGAAGCUCAGGGGGGAGGGCGCAUCAGGGCUACUCUGGUAGCAGUGCUGCUGCUGGUGGUGGCGCUGCUGCUGGUGCUGGUGGUGGUUUGAAUGUGCUGGGUCGGCCGUUUCAGCAUAUAUCGGAGCAGUUUAUACUGAGUACGGAGGAGAUAGGCAGGGGCAGAUCGGGCAGUGUCACAAUGUGUGUGCAUCGGACAAGCAACGAGAGGCUCGCGUGUAAAACGAUUCCCAAAGGCAGCCUGCAGAGCGAGGAGGGGGCGGGGGACGUGAGGAGGGAGGUGGAGAUAUUGGAAUCUAUGAGGGGCCAUCCGUGCUCGGUGCAGCUGCUGGCAGCCUUUGAGGACGAGGAGUUUGUGCACCUGGUGAUGGACCUGUGCCAGGGAGGGGACCUAUGGCAGCGGGUGCAGCAGGGGGGGGCGUAUGGGGAAGGAGAGGCGGCAGCAGUGGUGAGGCGGCUGGUGGGGCUGCUGAGAGACCUGCACGCUCAGGGCAUCAUGCACCGGGAUGUGAAGCCAGAGAAUGUGCUUCUAAGGAGGGAGGAUGAUGAUGCGGAUAUUGCCAUCAUCGACUAUGGAGUGUCUGUGUUCUUCAAUCCAGGCGAAACGUUUUCUGAGAUCGUAGGCUCUCCCUUCUACAUUUCUCCGGAGGUGCUUCACGAAUCCUACGGUCCAGAAUCCGACAUCUGGGCGGCCGGAGUGAUCCUGUUCGUCCUUUUGUCGGGAGCACUUCCCUUCUGGGGGGACUCAGACGAGGGCGUGUUCCGGGCAAUAUUGGAGAGGAGUGUGGAGGAGGAGGUGGAGAGAGAGGGAGUGUGGGAGAGUGUGUCUGAAGAAGCGAAGGAUCUGGUGUUGCGCAUGCUGACAAGAGACGCCGCCCUCAGAAUCUCGGCGGACGAGAUUCUUGAGCACCCAUGGCUCCAAGAUAACAACUAACCUGCGCAACUCAUGCAAUUCAAGCAAUAGGUGCCUUUUAGCGUUAAGUUGACAGCCGGUGCCAAUCCUUUGAAAGCAGCCUACAUGCCGAUUCGUUUGUCAUUAUUAAUGGUAUCUUCUUUAUAUUUUCAUUUUAAUUAUUGACGACAUUUUUAGUACUGCUGUAACUCAAUAUUGUAAGGGGCUCUUUUCCGAAAUCGA